CCUCCUCUUCUGCUCUCUCUCCAUCGUACAUUCUAUCGCUUGCGCUCUCUCUCUCUCUCGUUUCCGCUCUCUCUCUCGAGCUUCUCAUGCAUUCUCUAUGCCUGUAUUACUGCCAAGGUCUGAGUCCUUUCAGUGUGGGAAUGUAGCAAACCAGAGACAGGACUGCCUUUGAAUUCUGGUGCAAUGAUGGAUGUGUGGCAGAGCUUCGGAUGUGCACUGUCAGAAGGGAAGAACUGAGGGCAGGGAUUGAGAAAGGGAUCAGAUGGAUUUUACCCUCCCAGUGGUCUCUGCCUGAUCACAGUACAUCAUUCUGCCGCUCUCUUCCGUGGUGUGGAUUACCGGCUGUCCGUAUCCGUCGAAGCACCGCUGGAAAGACGAGAGGGAAGAUUUGAGACGCGUAGCCAGGGACGAAGCGGUGUGUUGGGGGAGAGAGAGAUAGGCACGCAGAUCAGUUCCUGGAGUGGAGCUGUGCUUCUGCCGCUACCUGAGCUUCCCCAGACGCACACUCGCGCACACAUACAGAGGCAGGGCUGCGCCAGCCGCGACGACCGACGCGUUAAUGCAGCUGUGAGAAGAGAAGAUCUGCAGCAGGGAGCUGCCCUCGCUCAGGCACUCGCGGAUUUACAAGGAAAUUUGACUCCGGGCAAAACACCAACAGAUCCGUGUCUUUACCCGCAAACUUAUUUUUUUCUUCUAAUUAUUGCAUUUAUAUGGAGCAUCUUGGGAAUUACCAUCGGUUCUAGAGAAGCUGAACUAAACAGAGGCUUGUUACCAGAACCUGCUUCCCCCCUCCCCAAACCCAGUCCUGUUUGGUUACUGACCGAGUGUGUGUAUGAGUGAGCGCUCGUGUACGUGACUGUUGGUGUUUUUCGGUUAAGGUUUGCUGUGCUGUAUUGUAUAGGAUUACCAUUUACAUGUUCAUGUAUAGUCAAGUGUUUGCUGUAUAAUUUAUGAGUUAAUAUUGCAUGUAUCUGUAUCUGUGGAUGAGUGUGAAUAUUAAUGAGAUGCCCAGUUUUGGAUCCCUCCCCAGCUCCCCCCACUGCUUGCACUGCUUUCUGGCUGGGCCCUGAACACCAGAAGCAUGAGUGAAAGAACGGCACUAGGGGCCACCAUGGAGACCAUGACCCUGGAGGAGCCCGGGGGUGAACAAGCCUCUCCCCGGGCCCCAGGGCCCCUCCGCUGUGGCCCCUGUGCGGUGUGGCCCCGCCAGCAAACAUGGCUCUGCGUUGUGCCCCUGCUGAUGGGUUUUGUUGGCCUGGGCCUCAGCCUGAUGCUUCUUAAAUGGAUUGUGGUGGGCUCGGUGCAGGAUUAUGUCCCAACUGACCUGGUGGAUGCCAAUCGCAUUGGACAGGACCCUAUUUUCUUAUCCAAACCCAGUGCCCUACCCAAAGGCCCCGAUGGCUCCACAUCAACCACUUCCGCAGUGCCCUCUGUGCCUCCAGGUUCGGCCACCCGGGCUGCUGAGGGCACAGGAACAGUGCAAAGAACUCGAAUUGGGCAGUCCUCCAACCACACGGCCAGCAGCAGUAGCAGCAGUGGAGGAAGUGGUGGGGCGUUAGGGGGAGGCUCGGGAAACAGAGCCCCGCACUUGCAUAACAGAGUGGGGACACGAGUGACCAACUCCACCGCCACCACCCGAGCCACCAAUCCAGUCCCACCGGGAGGAAAGGAGGUGACCCCACGCAGCACCACUGUCAAAAAACCCAAUGGGGAAGGCGUGGGCCAGAACGCAUCAUGGGCCGGGCCGUCGAGUACGACCACCGUUAGUACCGAGUCAACAGCGAGCACUACUACCACCCAAGCAGCCCACCCAACCUCCACCCUCGCGGCCCCUUCGAAGCCCGGGCAGCGGUGGAAUCACGGACGCUCCUCCAAGGGCCCUUCCACCAAGCCUACUCGGCCACACCAUCGGUUCAGGACACUUGCCCCCACAACCUCCACCGUACGCUCCGAAUUCUUCAAGCCCUGCCAAGACAGUCAGGAGAUGGCCUUCUGCCUGAAUGAGGGAGAGUGCUUCAUCAUCGAAACAGUGGCAGGCGUGCACAGACAUUGCAGGUGUAAAGAGGGAUAUCGGGGACUUCGUUGUGACCAGUUUGUCCCAAAGACGGACUCCAUCUUAUCCGACCCAACAGCAGAUGAACUGGGCAUCGAGUUUAUGGAGAGUGGAGAGACCUAUCAAAGACAGAUUCUGUCCAUCUUCAGCAUAGCCAUGGGGAUCAGCUUGCUGGGAGUGGCUUGCAUGGCUCUUUACUGCAAAAACAAGAGGCAAAGAGAGAAGCAUCGGGCACAUCUGACCGAAAUCCGCAACCUGAGGGACUGUACUGUCAACGCCUCCGAUCUCAUGUCUAAAUCCAGCCACAGAACAGAGAGAACCUUACAGCUUCAAAAGUGCAGAAGAACCCAGGGUUCCUCUUCUCCACAGGCGGCCGACGUGGUGCUCAACAUCUCUAAAGUCUCCCCACCAAAUCAUAAUUGCAGCCUCUCCGCGGGGAAGCGCUGCAGAAGCUGCUCUCUGUCGUCAAGCCCCGCCCCAAAACAAAAGCCAACCAAUUAUCGAGUUAUCUCAAGGUGGACGCCGCCCAUCUCUAGAGCUGGCCAUCAUCUUAGUGGAGGAUCAAGAGAUUCUCUUCAUUCCUACAAACAUCUCCAAGAGGUAGAAGACAAAGAGAUCAUGCCAGAAUCCUUAAGAAGGUUCCAGUCAAACUCGAAAACUAAUCAACAAAGCGGUUUAAAUAUGAAUAUGCAAAUUGUUGUCCCCGCCCAUUCCGGAGAAAAGAUGGAUGGCACUGACGUUCCAUGCACUCGUCUCGACCAGGGAACAGCCUUUCUUUCUCCUUCAUACCGAGCUCACUCUGUACCCAUAAUCCCAUCUGUUCAUGGACCUGAUUAUGGGGAGGGGCCUGGAGAAGAAGGCGGGAUCAACGGUGGUGGAAUUUCUUCCAGCUACAAUGUAAUUAAUCCUGAGACUGAGGCGGAGUCAGCGGCAAAUUCCAGCCAAUCACUUGCCAGCUCCUCCGUGAUGGUACAGGAGCCACAGACACUUAGUUGCUCAGAGUCUUUACUGAUGUCAGGGGGCCAAAUCAAACACAAAAGCCUUGUUACCUACACGACAGCCUUGGGAUCAGGCACGGGCCCCGGGAGAGCAAAAACUGUCAUUUCUAUGACUGUACUGGGAUCAGGGGUGAAAACCACACAGUAUACCGCCAGUCUUCUGUCUGGAGGACGGGGGAAUCGACAUGUUCGGUCUACUUUUGGAGAAACUUCAGGACAGGAGCAGGGUGAUGGUUUACAAACUCCAGAUUUGGAGAGCUCAUUUUCUGGUGGGUUUGGAGGUGUGGCCUGCCACACGUAUCCCAAGAGCUGAUUGGAUAAAUGCAAAUGUCGUUUCGGAAACGUCACGUUGUUGGUGUUGAUAUGGAUGGGAGCCCAUUUGUGUUGACCAACCAUCAAAAGACUUCAUUUUGGAACUAUUUUACUGCAUUGUGAACUACAGAGACAACUACGGACAACAAAAAUUUUAAGCGCCGAAUUACUGACGACACGAUGUGAAUAGAUAAUGCGAGAAAGGUGACUAUGGCUGAGAUGCUGAUUUAAAAGGUACUGAAAAAGAUUUAUAUGCCACUAUUUAACAAAAGCUUCAAUUUAGAAACCAAAUAGUGUGUCAUCUCAAUGUUGUUUCUCUACUGUAAAAAAGAAAAAUAUAAUAGAUGUCAAAACUAUAUGUAUGUCAUAUAUGACAUACCGAGUGACGAAAAUAAAGAUGCAAAACAUGGUAAUGCAGGAGCUUUUGUCCAAUAAUUUUGCUGUUCUAUAAGCUCAAUCCAGCUCUGUCUUUUGUCUGUUUUGCUUGAGGUCUUGAGAAAAAAAAACAGCAGUUUCUCAAUAAAAUCUGAAUGUCACCCUA